UCCUGUUUGCAAGAAUCUCCUCAGGUGGCAGCCUUAACCUUCCAUGCUGUAGCCCACACCCCAGCCAGGUGGCCACUCACAAGAGGGCUCUGCCAGAACAUGGCCAAGGAACGACACGGAACCUGGUUUGGCUUCGGUUUCUGUGGCUUUGGGCAAGCGCCGGGCUCUGGGAACGGGUGCCAUGCGGUGCACUGUCCCGAACCACUGAGUGCCAGUGAUGACAUUUGCCGAGUGAGCGCAAGCUGGAGCUACACUGCCCUCGUGACCCGUGGAGGCCGGGUGGAGCUGUCAGGUUCCGUGAGCAUCGCUGCAGAUGGCUGCAGGGACGCAUGGGCUUCAGAGGGACUCCUGGUGGUGCUGCGUGAGAAGGCCAGGUCCAGCACAGAACUGCAGGCCUGGACACCAGGCUCCUCGAUGCAGGGGGAGCCCCUCUGGGCCCAGGACCUGGUUUCUGGGGCAGAGGCCCAAGGGGAAGAUGAACCCGGCAGUGAGGCUAGGGCGGGGACCCUGCCACUCCUGCCCCACGCCCGUGCAUACGUGAACCCACGGCCACCCUUCUGUCAGCCUCUGGCCCCAGAGCUGCGGGUGCGCCAGCUGGAGCUGGGGGCCGAGCAUGUACUGUUGCUGUGCGAAGCUGGCCAAGUCUUCUCCUGGGGUGGAGGCAGACACGGACAGCUGGGCCACGGGACGCUGGAGGCAGAGCCGGAGCCAAGGCUGCUGGAGGCACUGCAAGGCCUGCGGAUGACUGAGGUGGCCGCAGGUGGCUGGCACUCUGUGUGUCUGAGUGAAACUGGGGAUGUUUAUAUCUGGGGCUGGAAUGAGUCGGGGCAGCUGGCCCUGCCUACAAGGAGCACAGCAGGGGAAAGGACAGCAGUGAGGGAAGAAGCCACAGGCUUGAAUGACGCAGCCGAAGAGGAAGCAGCUCAGGCUGGUGAUGGAGCUCCUGCCCCCUUCAUAGCCAUCCAGCCCUUCCCAGCUCUACUGGAUCUUCCCCUGGGCUCAGAUGCAGUCAAGGCCAGCUGCGGAUCCCGACACACAGCUGUGGUGACACGUAAAUAUGGACAGCUUGGCCACAAGGACAGCAUCAGCUUGGACCGACCCUGCCGUGUGGAAUACUUUGCAAAAAAGCAACUCGAAGUAAGGGCUGUCACCUGUGGACCCUGGAAUACGUAUGUCUAUGCAGUGGAGAGAGAGAAAGUCUGACAGAUGUCAGUCAGGUGGAUGCCCAGGCUGCUGCUUAUGGUGCGUGGGUGAGAAUGAGCUCUUGCAAAUUCUUCUCUUUUGCUCUCACAGAUGCAUAGAAACAAGUAAGUUUUAUAACAGGGUCAUAGAGAUUGCCCCUGCCUCCUAAGUGCAUGACUUUUAAAAGAAUCUCUAAACAAAGGAUCAAGAUAAAUCUUACAGCCAGCCUGGUGGCAGACACCUUUAAUACCAGCACUUGGAGGCAGAUGUUUGUGAGUUUGAGGCCAGCCAGGGCUAUUACACAGAGAAACCCUGUUUCCAGAUAAAUCUUAUGAAAGAUGUAUGAGAUAUUUGAAUAUGUAUAUAAAUGCUUAUUUUUGGAGCAGUGCCAGGGAUCAAA